AUGAAUGGAAACCGCUAUCCAACAGUCUUCUAUAGGCACACAAAUGAUAAAAUGUGUAUCAUUCUGCUUCUUUCUUUAGGUAUCGACCUCAUAAUGACUUUCUAUGGGUGCCUUUAUGCAGGAUGUGUCCCUGUCACCGUGCGACCUCCACACCCCCAGAACCUUGCUACCACUUUACCCACUGUCAAAAUGAUUGUAGAGGUAAGCAAAUCUGUCUGCAUACUCACAACACAAGCUAUAUUAAAACUGCUCCGCUCAAAGGAGGCAGCUGCAGCCGUGGACAUCAAGAGCUGGCCCACAGUUUUGGAUACCGAUGACUUGCCCCGAAAGAAGCCUCCCCAAAUAUACAAAGCACCAACACCUGAAAUGUUGGCUUAUUUGGACUUCAGUGUAUCCACCACUGGAAUUCUUGCAGGAGUGAAGAUGUCCCAUGAAGCAACAAGUGCCAUGUGUCGUUCUAUUAAGUUGCAGUGUGAGCUGUACCCUUCCCGACAGAUUGCAGUUUGCCUUGACCCCUACUGUGGUCUUGGUUUUGCACUGUGGUGUCUUUGCAGUGUUUAUUCAGGUCAUCAGUCUAUCCUGGUUCCUCCACUUGAAUUAGAGACUAAUGUCUCCCUCUGGCUGUCUGCAGUUAGUCAGUACAAAGUGCGUGUAACUUUUUGUUCCUACUCUGUAAUGGAGAUGUGUACCAAAGGACUGGGUGCACAAACAGAUACGCUGAAGGCAAAAGGUGUGAACUUGUCCUGUGUUCGGACAUGCAUGGUUGUCGCAGAGGAGCGACCACGAAUAGCGUUAACACAAUCCUUCUCCAAGUUAUUUAAGGAUCUUGGACUAUCUCCGAGGGCAGUCAGUACAACUUUUGGUUGCAGGGUCAAUGUGGCCAUCUGCUUACAGGGAACGUCUGGACCAGACCCAACCACUGUCUUUGUGGAUAUGAGAGCCCUCCGGCAUGACAGGGUGCGUUUGGUGGAGAGAGGCUCCCCACAUAGCCUUCCACUAAUGGAGUCAGGAAAGAUUCUUCCUGGAGUUAAGGUUAUCAUAACUAAUCCAGAGACAAAAGGACCUCUGGGAGAUUCCCAUUUGGGAGAGAUCUGGGUAAGCAGCCCUCACAAUGCUACUGGGUACUACACUGUUUAUGGUGAAGAGUCCUUGCAUGCUGACCAUUUUAAUGCCAAACUCAGUUUUGGGGACACUCAAACUUUGUGGGCCCGGACAGGAUAUCUGGGAUUUCUUCGAAGAACAGAGUUAACUGAUGCAACUGGAGAACGUCAUGAUGCCCUUUAUGUGGUUGGAUCCUUGGAUGAGACCCUUGAGUUGAGAGGAAUGCGUUAUCACCCAACUGAUAUUGAGACCUCAGUGCUUAGAUCACACAAGAGUAUUGCUGAAUGUGCUGUCUUUACAUGGACCAACCUGCUUGUUGUAGUGGUGGAAUUAGAUGGGUCUGAACAGGAAGCACUGGACUUGGUUGCCUUGGUUACUAAUGUUGUUUUAGAAGAACAUUAUCUGAUUGUGGGAGUGGUAGUUGUGGUGGACCCUGGGGUGAUUCCCAUCAACUCACGUGGUGAAAAGCAGCGAAUGCACCUUCGGGAUGGUUUCCUAGCUGAUCAGCUUGAUCCCAUUUACGUGGCCUAUAAUAUGUGAGUUUAGUGCUCUGAGACUACUUACUGCUACUGCUGCCUCAGUGACAGUGUUUGUCGGUGCCCUGAAUGUCCACAUUGAUCUUAAAUGCUGCACUAAAAAUGAGAACAAAGAAAGCCAGACCUUGCUGGGAGGUGGUGCUGUGUCUGUUAAGACCAUACAUCUAGUAUGACCUGUUGUCAACUACUUCUCACGGUGAUGUGUUCUGCAUGGCUCCAAUGCCUGUCAUAUUGAAAGACGAUGGACGUGCCUGCCACACCACUUCUGGUGCCAUAUUAAAUGUGAAGUAGUAUUCGAGAAAUAUCACUAUCACAGCACAUCGAAGAGACUGCACAGCAGCAGCAGGAGCAUAUCUCCAUCAUAUUUCAUCAGACUUCCUGCAAGACUGGGAGAUGAAUCAGUUAUUAUUUUUAUUAAAUCCCUGCUCGUCUUCACUGUUCAUGUUGCCACACUUUCUUGAUGUGGCUUUAGAUUUGAAAAUCUUUUUAAAACCUAUUUAUUCUGUUAAUCAGUGAAUAUGAUUGAAUGAAUGGGGACAUUUGGAUAUCCCAGAGCCAGUUUGAGGGGGCCAUUGUCUUUAAAGUUGUGCUGAUCUUCAUGCUAAUCCACUGUUUACAUCAUUAAGAAGCAAUGGAAAAUGGUCAUGGACAAAGAUUAUGUCAAGUGCUAGGUUGUCUUGUGACGGUUGCAUUAUUGACUUGAGUGGAACUUCUGGGAGUUUCCAUCCCAUUAUUGCGUUGUGACCUGCAAAAGCUGGUGAGAACGAUGCCAGCUUGUCACUAUUGUGAUCGCUGCUAACCGUGAUAAUCAGGCCUCAGCAACAGAACUCAAAAUCAGACCAUCUUACCUGCACAAAGAUUAUCAUUAUAUCUCUAGAAAAAGUAAAUAAAACUAGUAUCCUGUCAUUUUAAUGAUUAGAAUAUUGUGAUACUUUUUAUAAAGUAUUGUCAUUGCACCAAUGGAAUCCUAUGGCAGCAUUCCCUUCAUUAACAUGUUUCCUUCCGUUUUAUGUAAUAUUGCCAGGCCUGGAAAUGCCACAGGAUUUAAUCAUUGCUCUUAUAACGGAUUUUCAGAGAGUUCUCUAGAGUGGCUUUAAUUAUAAAGUUGCACAGAGAUUGAAUUGAUGUGAAAUGAAGACCUUUCUGUUUGAUUAUUAAGCUCCAGUUUUUGCCAGUUGCUACAAUUUGCACCAUGUUUUUGACAUGCACUUGCAUAUCUGGCUGGCUUUAUUUGCAUUCUGGGCCUUGAGACAUGAAACAACUCAGUGAUUACACAAAUAAAUAAAGUUAUUGAA